UCAGGGGCGCUGCACUCGUGAGAACUGUAAAUAUCUGCAUCCACCGCCGCACCUGAAAACGCAGCUGGAGAUUAACGGGAGGAACAACCUGAUCCAGCAGAAGGCCGCGGCGGCCAUGUUGGCUCAACAGAUGCAGUUCAUGCUGCCUGGAGCCCAGCUGCAGCCCAUAACAACAUUCCCGAUGACGCCCUCUCUGGGAACGUGUCCCAGUAUGGCCUUCAGUCCCUAUCUGAGCCACAUGGGCCACGGCAUGAGCCUGAUGCCCGAGAUGCUGACCAGCGCCCCCCUGCUGGUCCCUGGGAGCCCCACCGGCCUGGCUGCCAUGGGCAACGGCACCUCCGCUCAGAAACAUUUGCGCACGGACAAGCUGGAGGUUUGUCGAGAGUUCCAGCGUGGUAACUGCACGCGGGGCGAGAGCGACUGCCGCUACGCUCAUCCUCUGGAGGCCGGCAUGGUGGACUGCAGCGAGAACUCGGUCAUCGUCUGCAUGGACUACAUCAAAGGCCGCUGCAGCCGAGACAAGUGCAAGUACUUCCACCCUCCGGCUCACCUGCAGGCCCGGAUCAAGGCUGCGCAGCACCAAGCCAGCCACAACACAGCGGGCGCAGGCCUGGUUCUCCCUCCAGGGGGCAUGCAACAGCUUCCAAAGAGGCAGAUGUUAGAGAAGAGCAACGGAGCCACCGCCGUUUUUAACCCCAGCAUGUUCCACUACCAGCAAGCCCUGGCUAACAUGCAGCUGCAGCAGCAAACCUUCAUCCCCACCAGCUCUGUUCUGUGCAUGAUGCCCUCAGGAGACAUUGGUAGGUCAGUUGUAUCAGAGCUGGAGAUCAACGUGUCUUUCUACCGAACUACACCCGUAAACCGUAUCACUACUCAGAAAGAAGUGUUCAUGCACUCAUGGACUCCCUGACUUCGUCUCAGAUAACUAAUGUUACAGCUCAGCAGAGGAAGAUGCUUUUAAUGCUUACAUCUUGCGCUGUCUCGAGCCUCUCUUCCAUGAGUAGAUGCACACUUCCUUCUACGCAGUGAUACAGUAAAGAGAAUUGUUCCUACAUUAAUCCACUCACAAAGAGGUGUGGGGAUUAUUUUUAUUUGGCGCUUUCAGCACCACAAGCUGAGCGCCAUCUGUUUUAAUUAUACUAGAGAGAAAGCCGACAUCUUAAUGACUGAUAUUCCCUACACUCAACAUCCCCCACCAAACUAUCUAGAUUUAUAAAUAUCGCUACAGGUAAGGGGAAAUUUGGAUUUUGGAAUUUGGGGUGAACUGUCCAUUUA